AUGCGCUGCCGGAGCCGCGAGCGCUAUCACCGGCUCCGAUUGGUCGAUCGCCGACGCUUCGACGGUCGGCGCCGCUGGAGUGGGCUUCUUUGGUGGACGCGAAGGCCCUGCCCCGACGCCGGCCUCUUCCUCGCUGCGUACUGCCGAAUCUCGGCGUCGGUUGGCCGCAUCCUCGGAGGGUCAUUCAUCAAUGACUGUGCAAGUUGGUACAAUUUAAAUUGCUUGUCGUUUAUGCUAUUACCAAAUAACCAGGGAGCAUUUGAAAUCAGUGAGCCCAGUCAAUCAUCCAUCCAUCUCGAUCCCCAUGUCCCUGUGUUGCCACCUCCUCCGCUCCCUCCGCCGCCCUCCCCAAAUCCUCCCUCCUCCCCCUUGGCCGCGGUCGUCGCCGGUGAUCCGCAGCAACCCCCCUUCGCCCUCACUCUCGCUCGCUCCUUCGCCUUCUCGUCCGCUGAGGAGGCCGCCGCCGAGCGGCGCCGCCGCAAGCGCCGUCUCCGCAUCGAGCCCCCUCUCUACGCCCUCCGUCGCGACCCGAACGCCCCCCGCGCCCCGCCCGACCCGAACGCCCCCCGUCUCCCCGACUCCACCUCCGCCCUCGUCGGCCCCCGCCUCAACCUCCACAACCGCGUCCAGUCCCUCAUCCGCUCCGGCGACCUCGACUCCGCCUCCGCCACCGCCCGCCACGCCGUCUUCUCCUCCAUCCGCCCCACCGUCUUCACCUGCAACGCCGUCAUGGCCUCCAUGCUCCGCGCCCGCCGCCUCGACGACGUCGUCGCCCUCUUCAGUUUCUUCUUCAACCAGUCGAGUAUCGUCCCCAACGUCGUCUCGUACAACAUCCUCAUCAAUAGCCACUGCGACGCCGGCCGCGUCGACACCGCCCUCGACGUCUACCGCCACAUCCUCGACCACGCCCCCUUCUCCCCCUCCUCUGUCACCUACCGCCACCUCACCAAGGGCCUCGUCGACUCCGACCGCAUCCAGGAGGCCAUGGACCUCCUCCGCGAGAUGCUCAACCGCGGCCACGGCGCCGACUCCCUCGUCUACAACACCCUCAUGGCUGGCUUCAUCGACCGUGGCAACAUGGACAGGGCCCUCGAGCUCUUUGACGAGCUCCGCGAGCGCUGCCUCGUCUACGACGGCGUCGUCCACGCCACCCUCAUGGAGGGCUACUGGAAGCGCGGCAUGCAUAAGGAGGCCAUGGAGUCCUACCAGUCCCUCCUCGACCGCCAGUUCAAGAUGAGCGCCGCCACCUGCAACACCCUCAUAGAGACCUUGCUGAAGCACGACAAGCGGACCGAGGCGAACAAGCUCUUCGAGCACAUGCUCGACAACCACACGCCUCCCAGCUUCAUCGCCAUGAACACCGACACCUACAAUCUCAUGGUGAACCAGUGCUUCAAGGAAGGGAAGUUUUUAGAUGCCCUCGAGGUGUUUCACCGCACAGGGAAGAAGCCAUGUGCUAUGGAUGUUGGCUGCUUCAACAACAUCAUUGGAAAGCUCUGUGAAAACAGCCUCCUUUUAGAAGCAGAGAAGUUGUUUGAAGAGAUGCCUGGCAAGUCGGUGAAUCCAGAUGCAGCGACCUAUGGGUUUUUGGUCGAUGGGUGUUUUAAAGAAGGGAGAGUGGAUGAUGCCCUGCGGUAUUUUGAGAAGAUGGUGAGCAUGGCAGAGGGGGCUCCGAAGGUUGACGUGGGAUUCUACAACAAAAUGUUUGAUGGGUUGGUGAAGGCAGGAUUGGUCAGUCAUGCAUUGGAGAUCUUUGGAAAGAUGGGAGAGAGAGGGCUUAGGCCAAAUUCAGUGAGUUAUGAGAUUUUGGUUAGAGGGCUAUGCAAGGAAGGAAACCUGGACCGAGGACGGGAUUUGUUGGAGGAGAUGGUGAGGAGCAGAAUAGCUGUGUCACCUGAGUCGCAUGGGUUUUUAUUGGAUACUUUCAGGAAAGCAGGACGACAUGAUGAGAUAGAACGUCUGUUUGCUAGGAGUGCAGGCAACUUUCCUCCUCAAUUCCAGCGGGUAGCUGCCUGAACUACAAUCUUCUAUUCUUCAUGAAGCCCCUGUCUUCUCAUUCUUGGGGGAAGAAACUGGCUUGUGAUUGCUCCCAGGGUUGUCAGCUGGACAUAAAUCGACAAAGGGUUUUCUGAUGUAUUCUUAAGUGCCAGUCCUAAUCAUCUAUGUUGAAGACAAACAUCUAGUCUAUGGAUGCCUUGAAGAGAUACGUGUUAUAUGUUGGAAAAGCCUAGAUUGGCCAUUUUGCAUUUCUUAGUUAUAACUCUGGUGACAAAGAAGCACUUGAUACUGCGAGGUGAUAUCAGGAGGACCUUGGUGGACUGCGCCUCUCUGGUAGUCAGGCAUGUCUACCAUGAGAUGAAUAAUACGGCGGAUUGGGUUGCCUCUUUCAUGACUUAGCAUUUGGUGGACGUCCUAUGGACUGACAUGUUGGCUACUUCCAGAAGACUUUAGAAAUAUUUUGUUUUCUAAUUUUGUUGAUUGUUCUUAUAUAAGACUUGUAUGAACUAUCUGCUUUCAUGAAAAACAAAAAAAAACAAAAAGAAAAAAAAGAAGCAUUGGAUACAAA